AUGGACAAGCUGUUACUCUUGGGCCUCUAUGUGCUUUUCCUCUCAGGGGAUGGGGAGUCAGGGAUCGGUGCUCUGAAGCAAUAUGAUGCAAUGGAAGGUCUAAUAUGCCAUGUCUGCAAAACAUUUGUGAAUGGCCAUUGUUUGGAAGGUGAGGACACCUGUUUGAUGGAUAUGAUCUCUGGAUGUGAAGCUAAAGUGUUUUUCAAGACUUACAAUAAUGUAUGGUAUAAUACUUCUGCUUCACUGAAUUGCAACACAAGAUGCCAAGAGAAUAAUGGUGUAGUCCAAGGAAGAAAUUUUAAAGUUUUUUGCUGUGACACAGACUACUGCAACAAACCUCAGCUUGGACUCAUAUAAUUGAACAACAGAAAACUGAGUAUCAUCUGGAUGGUUUUGCUAUCCCCACUUUCAUAUCUCCUUUAUUCUUCCACCUAUUUCCAGUCCCUGCUCCUUCCUCAUUGGGCUUAUGAUGGGUUCUGGAGAUG